CUGACAGUCCCUAAGCUUGCCUGCAGCUAACAACAUGCAGAAAGCUGGCAGGGGUCUUAUCUCAAGGAAACAGCCACCCUAUAGGAACUAGUUCUUAGGGACCCGGAUAGUUCCCACCCUGAGGAGAAAGAAAGGAGCAAUGUUCCUUCCGCCCACCAGGCAGUUUCCUGCUGUGGGAUUUGGGGCUGCCUUGGAGCAGGAUCCCUGGUUGAGGCUGGGGUGGGAGGCCCUCACAUGCUUUCACUACCACCUUUCCCCUCCUCAGCUGCUCAGCCCUGGGUGUGCUCGCCCUUUGCAGAGACUAUCUUGGAAUUCAUCCUGAUAUCGCCCGAGGCCCAGACCUUUGGGAACAAUAGCUCAGGGUGCCUCUUAGCCUUUUGAGUGGGGUUAAGGAACCAAAGCCUGAGUUAGAACAGUAGCCGUGCUCCUCUGACCAAUGGUCAGGCUUCUGAUUAAAGACUUGAACAAAGACUUCAACAAAUCACUUACUAGGUGUGAGCAUUGUUCGAAGUACUUAACUAAUAUUAACUCAAUCCAUGUAACUCCACUAGGCAUUUGCUAUUAUCAUCUCUAGAUGAGGAAACAGAAAUCAGUAACUUUCCCAAGACCACCUCAUAAACCAAGUGCACCCUUGGGAUUUGUGCCCUGGCUCUUUGCCCCAGGCACUGUGAACCUCGGGCAGGUCCUGGCUGGCUGACCCCAGCCCGCCCCCUUCCCCUGCAGCCCUGCUCUGCAGCUGUAUCAUGAAGAGAGUGACCCGGGCCCUUCUCCUCACACUGGCAGGCCUGCCUGCCUUGGAAGCCAACGACCUGGUUGAUAAAGACAGUCCCUUCUACUAUGACUGGGAAAGCCUGCAGCUGGGCGGGAUGAUUUUUGGAGGGCUCCUGUGCAUCGCUGGAAUCCUGAUAGCCCUGAGUGGAAAAUGCAAGUGCAAGUACAGUCAGAAGCACAGCCCCUUACCUGAGAAGGCCAUUCCACUCAUCACUCCAGGCUCUGCCAGUACCUGCUGAGCACAGGACCAGCUUCGUGGCAUUCUUGGUACCAGCUCCCAUGCUGUUCUCUCCCCACCUGGGGGCCUUACCCUCCAUGAUGGCCUUUCUCCCCCAGGGUGGGCCCUUAAGCUCCCUUCUGAUCAGGAGGCUGUCCAAAGCUUAUUUCUAAAUUAAACUGUCUUAUCCCUCCC